AUGUUUUCCUUCCCUCAGAUUACUGCCGUUGACCUUGUUUCCAGUUUCGCGCUUGCCGCUGCCUCUCUAUUCGUCGCAUACAUCGCCUUUUACGCCAUUUACAACGUAUUUCUGUCUCCCCUGAGCGCUAUCCCUGGUCCAUGGUACGCGGCGAUUUCCGACAUCUGGCUUACCGUCCACGUCGUGCGUCUCGAGCAAUGCCAGACAAUCCAGUCUCUCUUCGAAAAAUACGGCCCUGUGGUUCGCGUUGGACCCAACAAGGUUGUCUUCAACGAUCUCUCUACUAUGCGAAACGUCUACUCUGUCCACAAGUUCGACAAGAGCUCAUACUACAAGAGUCUCCUCACCAACGAAAACGACCACGCAAUGACCACCCUCGACCACGUUUCUCACUCUGUCCGACGAAAGGGAUACGCCCCGCACUAUAUGCCGUCCAACCUAUCAAAAUUUCAAGCCGAGAUGCACGAUCCAACUUUGGAGCUGGUCAAUGCUUUAGAUGGUAUGAGCGGAAAAACGUCACUUGAGUGUCUUUCAUUGUUCCGCAACCUCAUGGUCGACGUUGUCGUAUCGACGUCAUAUGGCUACCGCCUUGGUGCAGUCCAUAAGUGGUCCAUGAAUACCGAAGAUCCCCUUUCCACUGCCAUCAAUGACUUUCCUAAGCGUGGAAUUUUGCGAAGCGUCGUUCCCACUUGGGCUUGGAAUCUUGUUUGCAAGGUCCCGAAUGCUCGAUGGCGUCAGCUCUGUGAUUCUGAUAAGAUCAUGGCUGAGUUUGUCAGCGAGCGCGUGUACCAGAUGCGUGCACAGAUGAACGCGGGCAAGUUAGAAGAAUCGGAAAAGGUGCCCAUGCUGCAUCGGCUGCUGAACUAUCGCUAUGCUUCGACCAACAUAUCCAUGCCUGAUACUGAUAUCAUCUCGGAGUGCAUGGGUCACAUGAUUGCAGGAUCCGACACGACAUCUACGACGCUUUCAUAUUUCCUUUGGGAGCUUAGUCGUCGACCGGAUGUUAUGAAGAAACUCCAGGCAGAACUCGACGAAAUUAUGCCUAAUGCGCGGACCAUUCCGGACAUGGCUGUUCUCCAUGGCCUGCCUUACCUGAACGCAUUCAUCAAAGAAGGACUGAGAGUGUAUUCGGCUGCUCCGAGUCUUCUUGAGCGUGUGGUCCCAGCGUCUACGUCUCCUAAGUUCGGACACGAAGCGUUCGAUCUCAUGGGUUUCGCACUUCCUCCGGGAACGGUAGUCGCUACGCAAGCUUGGUCGAUGCACCGCAAUUCAGCCGUCUUUCCCUCGCCUGAAACGUUCCUCCCUGAUCGCUGGCUGGAUGCUUCGCAUGAUUCUUUGACGCUAAUGACGCAGCACCUGAUGCCGUUUGGGACUGGAACCAGGAUGUGCGGAGGUCAGAACCUUGCGCAUGCAAUGAUGAGGGUAGUCAUAGCCGCCAUCGUGAGGAACUUCAACAUUGUUGCCCCACCGGAAACAAACGAGAGAAGUAUGGAGAUCAAAGACAGUUUCGUUAUAUUUCCCUCAGCGCAUGAGUGCAAACUUAUAUUCAACCCGAGAACACCCUGA